GCUUCACGUGACGUGGCGGCGGCGGGCGGGCGGCGCGCGGCGGCGGCGGGCCAUGGAGCAGUGACGGGUAAAGCCGUUGGGAGCCGCCUCCCGCCCGCGCCCGGCCUCGCAUCUUGCCUCUAUCUUCAGAAAUAGAAAGCAUCAAGAUAAAGACACAAAAAUGACUGAGUUUUGGCUGAUUUCUGCUCCUGGGGAAAAAACAUGUCAACAGACAUGGGAGAAACUGCAUGCAGCGACCACAAAAAAUAACAAUCUUUCUACUAAUUCAAAGUUCAAUAUUCCAGACUUAAAGGUUGGCACACUGGAUGUUUUAGUUGGUCUUUCAGAUGAGCUGGCUAAACUGGAUGCAUUUGUGGAAGGUGUUGUCAAGAAGGUGGCCCAGUAUAUGGCUGAUGUUCUAGAAGACAGUAAAGAUAAAGUUCAGGAAAAUCUUCUGGCUAAUGGAGUUGACUUGGUCACCUAUAUAACAAGAUUCCAGUGGGAUAUGGCCAAAUAUCCAAUCAAACAAUCUUUGAAGAAUAUAUCAGAAAUUAUUGCAAAGGGAGUAAAUCAGAUUGACAAUGAUCUGAAAGCAAGAGCCUCAGCAUACAAUAAUCUCAAAGGCAACCUUCAGAAUUUGGAAAGAAAGAAUGCGGGAAGCUUGCUAACCAGAAGUCUUGCUGAUAUUGUAAAGAAAGAGGACUUUGUACUUGAUUCAGAAUAUUUGGUCACAUUAUUAGUGGUUGUACCUAAGUUAAGUUAUAAUGACUGGGUUAAGCAGUAUGAAACGCUAGCAGAGAUGGUCGUACCACGUUCCAGCAAUGUUCUCUUUGAGGAUCAAGAUAGUUACCUUUGUAAUGUCACCUUGUUCAGGAAGGCAGUGGAUGACUUCAAGCAUAAAGCCAGAGAAUAUAAAUUUAUGGUCCGUGACUUCCAGUAUAAUGAAGAAGAGAUGAAAGCUGAUAAAGAAGAAAUGAAUAGACUGUCAACUGACAAGAAGAAACAGUUUGGGCCUCUGGUUCGGUGGCUGAAAGUUAAUUUCAGUGAAGCUUUCAUUGCAUGGAUUCAUGUAAAAGCAUUACGAGUUUUUGUUGAAUCUGUUCUAAGGUAUGGUUUGCCAGUUAACUUCCAGGCAAUGCUGCUUCAACCUAAUAAGAAAACAAUGAAAAAACUGAGGGAGGUUUUGUAUGAUUUAUACAAGCACCUUGACAGCAGUGCAGCGGCUAUCAUUGAUGCAACUAUGGAUAUUCCGGGCUUAAACCUCAGUCAACAGGAAUACUACCCGUAUGUGUACUACAAGAUCGAUUGCAAUUUGCUAGAAUUCAAGUAGAAGUUCCCUAACAUGACAAUCCUCUCAGUGUUGGUGUAAACAAACAGAAGUGAGGUUGAAGUACAGUAAAACUUUAAACAUUCUGCUAAUCCUCUGCUUGCUUCUUAUGUUAGGUGAAUUUUUGCCCACCGUGGUCCAUCUCUAGCCAUUUUCUUUUUAAAGAAAAGUGUAGUUAAUCUGCUUUUAACCAAUUAUGUCUGUAAAUGUAUAUUGAGAGAAUUGAAGUAUUUAUAAACAGAGUCAUUUAUUUAAGUAAAAGGUCAUUACUCUUUCAUAGGGUGAUGUGUGUUAAUUCCAUUUACCAUUGUUUAUAUUAAAAAACUUGUUUACAAAAGAAUAGUGUAAAUGUUCAUGGCCAUUUUGUUCAUUUGAUUUAGUAGAUAUGAUUGUGUUAACAUUGUUGAACUGUGAUGUAAAAUAUGUAAGAUUGGUAUGAAAUUGUGCUUUCUGAAUGUUGAAAUUACAAUCAAAGCACUGUAAACACAGGAAAAAUAAAAAUACCUGUGCAAAUGUGUCAUUGUAUGAACUGUGGAUGCCUCUGUCUAACUUAAUCAACUGAUGAAAUAUUAAAAACUUAUGUUGUGUCCUGCA